GCCCCUCUUCCCUCCGCCAGCGAGCCUAGCUUAGGUAGACGAGGAAAGGCAUCUGACGCGCAGCUCGCCAUGCUCUGAUCCGUCCCAUCAUCCUCCAGUAGUUAGGUCGUUUUAAAAAAUGGAAGCAUGUGAUUCUGAGAUUCCCGAGCCCCAAGGCGGAACAACGACUUCACCAAAGAAAAACCCUAUCCAACAAGAUUCAAUAUCACUUGGGGUAAAGAAACCUCCAAUGGGGUCUCCUGUGAAUCCGUCAUCUCCAGCCACUAAUGCUGCAAGCGGGCGACUUGUAUAUGUCCGGAGAAGAGUCGAGGUCGACACAUCCAAAGCUCCGCCUAAGGAACCACCAACCUUGGCUGUGGUCAGCUCAUCCCCACCUGGACCUACCAGCCAUAGGUUGGACUGGGAAGAGCGUUACCAUCAUCUUCAAACGCUUCUUAAUAAGCUUAAUGAUUCUUCUGAUCGGAACGAUCAUGUGCAGAUGCUUUGGUCACUUCCCUCCUCCGAGCUUAGCAAGCAUGCUGUUGACUUGGAAAAGAGGUCUAUUCAGUUCUCUCUCGAGGAAGCGAGAGAGAUGCAGCGUGUAGCGGCUCUGAACGUGUUAGGACGGUCUGUGAAUAGUCUAAAGACUACAUCAAAUGACGGAGAAUAGUUAGAGACCAAGGAAACUGAAAAAUGGGAAGGCAAGAACACAUGUGGACGAAAGCAAAAGUGAUAAUUAUGAAGGCGAGGGCGAAGAGCGGAGGCAUGUGUUGUAUGAUGCCGUUAAGAGUAACUUGUAAUAAGAGUUGACGGGUUGUGUGAGUCUCUCUUAUCCAUCUUUUGUAUGUAUACAUAUAUACGUGGACGAUUAUGAUUACUUGAUUAGGUUGUUUUUUUUUUUUUUUGGUGAACUGAUUAGGUUGUUGACCUGAGAGCUGUUUCCGUUUUAUUUAUUAAAGAACAUUUCACUCAUGAUGUCACACACACAAACUUGUAUAAUUUAAUUUGAUAAACUUUGAGAUGAU